AUGUUACAAACACUGUCGAAUUCAGCUGCUGCUAGUUUACAGCACCAGCUAACAAAACAAUACGCCAACAGUCUUAAUAACGAUGGCACCUUAUCCAUUGGAAGUAAAACAAAUUAUAGCGAUUCAGUAAAUUAUGUCACUUUCAAUCAAGAUGCAUCAUGUGUUGCCAUUGGUUUAACUAAUGGAUACAAAAUAUUCAACUGUCAACCUAAUUUUGGAAGAUGUUUUCAAUAUAGAAAUGAUGAAAGUGUAGGUAUUGUGGAGAUGCUAUAUUGUACUUCCUUAUUAGCAAUAGUUGCCCAGGGUGAAGAAAUAGGAUCAUCACCAAGAAAACUCAAAAUAGUAAAUACGAAGACAAAAUCCACUAUUUGUGAUUUGACUUUCCCACUGACAGUAUUACACGUGAAGUUAACCAAUAGCCGAUUGGUUGUUGUUUUAGAAGACCAGAUUUAUCUUUAUGAUAUAACCACAAUGAAAUUAUUACAUACUAUUGAAACCAGUCCUAAUUUAAAUGGUUUAUGUGCAAUAUCUUACGAUGAUACUAACAGUUAUUUGGCUUAUCCGUCACCACCAAAAACCAUUACUCAUGACUCACUAUUAGCUUCAGGAAUAAAUACUAAUGGUGGACUGAAUUCUGUACAGAAUAACAUUGUUUCAGUCAGUAGUGCACCUAAUAGAAUUGGAGAUGUCAUAAUUUUUAAUAUUAACACUUUACAACCCUUGUCAGUUAUUGAAGCCCAUAAGUCAACUAUAGCAGCGAUGUCUUUCUCAAAUGACGGAUCUUUAUUGGCAACAGCUAGUGAUAAGGGAACAAUUGUACGUGUAUUUGAUGUUGCAACAGGAACCAAACUUUACCAAUUUAGAAGAGGAACAUAUCCAACAAAGAUAUAUUCCCUUCGUUUUAGUGCUGAUGACAAGUAUGUGCUAGCCACAAGUUCCAGCUUAACUGUUCAUAUUUUCAGAUUAGGAGAUGAAGAAUCAUUAGCAACAAAACACAAGAAGAAAGUGAAACCAUCAGUUGAAACAAUACAUGAAGAAGGAUCUUCUGGGGAAGUAUCAAGUUCUCCACGACAAACAAAAAAUGUGAAACGAAGUUCAAAUGAAUUUGAUGAUAUUGCUGAUGAUGGAGACGAUUCAGAUGUUGAAGAAGAAGAAGAUGAUGAAGAAAUGGGUGAUGAUGAAGAUGACGAAUCAAUUGAAGUUAUUCCCGCAAAGCAAAGAAAAUUAUCCCAGGGAUCUUCCAAUUCUUAUGCUAGUAUCACAUCAGAGGAUGCUCAAAGUAAUUCUCCUAAAACGGAACCACUCAUUGAUCAAAACCGUUUGUCAGUUGCAAGAAUGAUUAGAAGAUCAUCACAAACAUUGGGUAGAAAAGCUGCUCAAAAAAUGGGAGAUUUCUUACCAUCUAGAUUCUCGUCAAUUUUAGAACCAACAAGAAGUUUUGCAUCAUUGAAAAUAAAUGCUCAUUCUAAAGAUGCCAAAUCAGUAGCAGUUAUGAAUAAUGUUUUACAACAAGAUUUAAUCCCGCAAAGUUAUCUUGCUAAUGACAAUUCAAGUGCUAAACAAGACCUAAUGGAAGUUAGUUUAUUUCAUAUAUAUGUUGUUACAACCGAGGGAAUGCUUUACAUCUAUGGAUUGGAUCCAGAACGUGGCGGCGAUUGUAUCUUAUUAAACCAGCAUUGUAUACUUGAUGAAUAA